CUGCGGUCCCGCCCCGUGAGAGCGGGCGGCGGCGGGGAGCCGGGAGUCCGGGACCGGCCGCUGCGUCCCACCGCCUCUCGCCAUGCUGCCCGCGGCCGUCAGGAAGUGGCUGCACCGGCCCAAGCGCUCCGACUCCAGGCUGCUGUCCCAGUUCUUCUACGCCGACGAGCAGGUGACCCGUGUGGUGAUGGAGAUAAACGGGCUGGACGUGGAGACGGACCCUCAGCAAUACUUGGUGCUGCUAAACCAGCUGCACCUCAGCCAGGCUCACCUGCUGACCCUCAUCGAGCGGCUCAUGGACGAGUGCAUCCCCAAGGAGAGGCACUGCCGUGACUACCUGGCCAAGUUCCCGGAGGAGCUCCUGGUGGACAAUCUGGGGAACCACGUGCUGUUUGCAGCUGAGUGUCUGGUGGCAGGCACCGUUCUGGAGCUGGAAGAGGCGGAUGGGCUGCAGCUGCGUCCCCUGGCCAAGAACCUGCUGUGCAGCUUGCAGCUGGUGCGGAAAGUGCUGCGGGAGCAGAGCCUGCACCAGGCCAGCCCCUGCUCAGAGCCCGUGCGCAUGGCGCUGAGCCGCUUCGACACGCUCUUCGCGGAAUUCGAACUCAGCUACGUGUCCUUGCUGGUCUCGGUGAAGUCCCCGGAGGAGCUCUACAAGCAGCAGGAGAUCGUGGUGCUCUUCUGUGAGACAGUGGAGAGAGCCCUGAAACUCGGCUACCUGAGCCAGGACAUGAUUGACGGGUGCGAGCCGCUGCUGAUGUUCACCAUCCCCCGCCUGGCCAUCAUCAGUGGGCUCCUCAUCUAUCCCGAGGGGCCCCUCAGCCCGGAACGGACGCCCGAGGAGAUGUCUAGAGUCUUCAGCCCCUUUCACAGCGUGCUGAAAAAAAUCAGGGACCUGCUCCGCGUGCUGUCAGAGGAGGAGCUCGACCUGCUGGAGAAGAGCUUGUGCGCGGCUGAAUCGGAGGGUCCUUGCAGCGCAGCCUCUCCUGAGCCCAGGGGCGAAGCGGCUCCGGACACUCGUCUCCCUGCCCCCUGGUGCUCCCCGGAGCCCCCCCACAACUGCUCUCUGCACCCCUCAGCUGCUGCGGGAGCCCACUGCACCGCGGCCUGCAGCGCCGCAACGGCUGCUAACGCAGAUGCCGGAGCCCCAGGGACUGCCAGUGGAGCCACACACAGGAGCAUGGAGGAGGCAAAGGAGCCAGUGACCCCUGGCUCAGACCCUCUCCCCGAAAGGCCCCUGAACGUGAGGACUAGUGCCGUGGACGUGGCCUGCACUGGGUCAGCCUCGUCGGACCUGAGGCCACCUGCUAAGGCUCUGCACCCGGGGGAGCCUGGCCCAGCCGGCAAGCCCAGCAGGGACAUGCGGCUGCAGGUGCACUCGGCCAUGCCAGAGGGAACAGGGCACGCUGGCAGCAUGGGGCCUCCCUGGGACAGAGGCCAGCAGUCCUGGGCAUGCUCCAUGGGCCGUGGCCAGCUGGCACGAGUGGCUUCUGGGCCACGGGAGCUGACUCUGCCAGGAGGAUGCGUGGAGGCCUGUGCCUGCGUGCGGAACGGGCGAGCGAGGCCAAGCCAGGCCCAGGCUCCCCCCCCGCUCCUGCCUGGCGACAGCAGCAGGCCCCUGGGGCAGCAGCCAGGCAGUGCCCGGGGCAGAGCGCUACGCGGGGCUGUGCUGAGCGUGCGCCGGGCAGAGCUCCGCUCCCGCUACAGCAGCGCCCAGGACAUGAUCCACACGCUCUUCGUCUGCAUCUCUGGGGUGGCAGACCAGCUGCAGACCAACUUCGCCAGCGACUUGCGGAGCAUCCUGAAGACGGUGUUCCACAUCAUGACAUCCCAGCCCGAGGCCCCGGUGGUGACAGAUACCGGCCAGGAGGAAGAGACGGGAAAAGCUUCGCCCUUGGCAGACUGUGCUCUGUGCUCCAGCCGCGGGGAGGGGAACGGGACCAGGCAAGGAGACGGUACCUCCAGGCUGCCCGAGUGGGUGCCGGACGGCACAUGCAGCCAGUGCACAGCAUGUCGGGCACCCUUCACGGUGAUCCGCCGACGGCACCACUGCCGCAACUGUGGGAAGAUCUUCUGCUCUCGCUGCUCCCAGCACACGGUGCCGCUCCCUCACUACGGCCUCCUGAAGCCAGUGCGUGUCUGUGCUCACUGCUACACCACGCACCUCCCUGCCAGCCCCCAGCCCCCAAGCCGCCCCUGAACUGCUCUUGGCUGCCUGCGUGGACCAUCACACCCCCUCUACCUCAGAAAGCGACCAAAGCCUGCUCCGGGAUCCCGGCAGCCUGCAGAGAGCACUGGGACACUGCACAGACCUUGUGGGGCGCUCCCGAAACGGCUCUCGCUACUUCUUGUUUUGAGCUUUAAGUCAAGGAAUCGCUGGCUGAGCUGGAGGGUGGGCUGUGGAGACAGCAGAUCCCCGUGUGCACCCUCACUGGAUGUGAGCCCGGCAGCCGCACUCCAGCUGCCUCUUGGUAGUGAAGGAGCCCAGAGGGAUGGUGCGCGCUGCACUCCAGCCGCUUGCUCUGAGCUGACCCCACUGGCAACAGAACCGGCUCCACGGGGAUCCAGCUGGCCUGGCCUGAACUGCUCCUCCCUGUUCCUAGUCAGAGGCGUUGGGACAGGCAGGGUCUGCUUCCUGGAGUGACUGCAGAGAACGCAGCCUGGUGCUGGCCACUAGCUUCGCCCAGCAGCCCCUGCCUCUCGUGGUUCAGCAGCUUGGUUAGUGUCCCAAGGAAGCUCUGGGCCUAGCAGAGCUGAUGCUCUGGGGACGUGGCUCUGGGCCUGCCCCGCAGGCCGCGAAGCGCUGGCUCUGGUGACAGAGGCCAGCCUCCCCUGCAGCAGCAAGGCAGGGCGGGGACUUAGGAACAGGGGGAGGCCUCCUCCUCUCCUCUCUCCAUCCCCCCCCGCCCCGUGCUGUGGGAGGGGAGCAUUGUCCUACUCGCUGAACAGCUCUGCAGCCCCUGGGACUGGUGCCAGGAGCUGGCCCGUCCUCGCACACGCUGUUUAAAGCAGGGCCUGGGAAACCUCCGUGUUGUAUCGCGAGUGCUGCCCAGCCUUCCUUGGGGGCAAGAGGGGCUCUGGGUGCUGCAGGGUCUGGCACGAGCCCCUGGACUCUGCCCAGCCGAGGGCAGCAGCUAACAGGCAGCUGCCCCUGUGGAGUGCAGAGGGAGGGGCUGCCUCUGGAGGCGCCAGGCCCAGCGAGCACAGGGGCCUGGCUGGCCCAAGGGGGUGGCUGCAGGUGGUUCCUGGCUGUACCUUGUCCCCUGUCAGUGUGCGUGGGGAGUGUUUCUCUUCCUCUUUCCAGCCAGGCUCUCAAAGCGUUCACACUUGCCCCUCCCAAGCCCUGGGGGGGGAGAGGCGCCUCUGGCCUCGCAUGGUUCUGCAGUGCAGGAGCCUGGCUCUGAGCUGCGGGCUGGGCUGGGCUGGGCCGCUGCCGCUGUUCUGGGCCCAGGCUGGAGCCUGCCCUGGGUAGAGGCUGUAGAGAGCUCUCCCAGCAGGAACAAGCCCCAGACGGAUGAAGGCUAGUGCCCCUGGAAGAGUGGCCACAGCCAGGGCCGGGCACCCACCCGUGACUGGCGCGGUGUAGCAGGCUCUCGAGCCAGCCCCCAGUCAGUCCCACGCCUGCCAGCGUAGAGUCUAGUAAACGAACCUCAGCCCACCGUCCCCCUUCGGCCCUGCCUGCGCUCUGCGGACUCCCCCGCCCUGGUGCUCAGCCCCACCUCGCGGACCACGAGGGGCACCCAAGCGUUUAUUAAAAAGUGCGUCCAAG